AUGAUCCAGCGAUCCAAGCCGCAAACUUCUCAGAGUACCUCUGCAUCCACGUCGUAUGGCUAUGCUGGCUACGAUACCACUACGGCGUCACGCCCAGGAACUCGCAGGAAUACUGGCAGGCCCUCUACUGCGAGGCCGAGGACUGGUGCUUCCACUAUUGCUAGGGUCGAAAACCAGCAUGUUGUCUGCGCCGUUGCCGAAUCUCGUGGCAUCUCACCUACGGUCGGCUUGGCCUUUGUGAACCUUGACACAGCAGAGGCAGUGCUCUGUCAGAUCUGCGACAGCCAGACCUUUGUUCGAACAGUUCACAAGCUGAGAGUAUAUGGCCCUUCAGAGAUCUUGAUUGUGUCGACUGCGGCAAGUCCAAAGUCGAAGCUCUUCUCUAUCAUCGAGGAAAACCUUGAGGAUAUUGGCAGUAAGCUAACAUUACUCGAUCGGCGCUAUUGGGCCGAAUCAACUGGAUACGAGUAUAUUCAAACUCUAGCGUUCAAGGAAGAUGUCGAAGCUAUCCAGAUUUCCGUCGCAGGUAACUAUUAUGCUGUAUGCUGCAUUGCGGCCGCGCUCAAGUACAUUGACCUUGGUUUAAGUAUGGUAUUCGCCUUGCACUCACUCAGAAUGCGGUACGAGCCUUCUGAGGGAUCUAUGAUGAUUGAUGUGUCAACUAUACAUUCGCUUGAACUUGUCCAGAAUCUUCGCGACCCCAAAUCCAGAAGCUGUUUAUUCGGUUUGAUCAAUGAGACAUUGACACCAAUGGGUGCACGCCUGCUUCGGAGCAACAUCCUUCAGCCACUCACUGACCCUGAGGUGCUGAGUAUGCGAUACGCUGCUGUGGAUGACAUGACCAAGAAAGAGGAGUUGUUUUUUGCUGUCCGCGCAGCGUUGAAGAACUUUCUUGAUGCCGACCGGAUACUGGCAGCGUUGAUCAUUACGCCAAAGAAGAUUACUCUUCACACCACAGAGCAAGCUAUCAACCAAAUCAUUAUGCUCAAGCAAUUUGUCAACUCUGUGAACCCUGUCUACGAAGCCCUCACGGGAACAGCCUCUGUCAUGCUCAACAACAUCCGUGAACUCUGUGCGCCAGAGAAUGUGGCCGUUGUACAGGGAUUGAUUGAUCUUGUCAUCAACGAAGACACUACUUACGCGAGGCAACCCCUCGAACUCAGAAACCAACGAACAUAUGCUGUGAAAUCCGGUGUCAACGGGCUCCUCGAUGUUGCACGUAUUACUUAUAAGGAGGCCACUGAAGACGCAUUUCAACACUCGACCGAACUCAGUCAGAAAUACGAUAUCAAACUAGAUUUGAAGUAUGAAACUGCCCGUCAGUUUUACAUGAAGAUUGCCUUAUCAGAGCUUGAAGGCAAGGCAUUACCGCCGGUUUUCACGAACAUAAUUCGUCGCCACAAUCAUAUUGAGUGUCAAACUGUGGAGUUGAUGAAGCGCAACCAGAAGGCAGGCGACAAAGCCGUCGGAGAUCUCACCGAACAAGUACGCAGCCACAUGUCGAUAUUGUUCAAGGUUUGUGAAGCUGUAGCAAUGCUGGACAUGGUUGGAGCAUUUGCGCACCUUGUCACAGUGAAUAACUACACACAACCACAGCUCACUGACACAUUCGCUAUUGAGUCUGGGCGUCAUCCUAUCAAAGAAAAGAUUAUGCAAACCAAGUUCAUUCCAAAUGAUGCCUAUGCUACACAGCAGACUCGAUUUCAGAUCAUCACCGGAUGCAACAUGAGUGGCAAAAGUACCUACAUUCGGUCCCUGGCUCUCAUGACCAUCAUGGCUCAGAUCGGUUGCUAUGUUCCUGCGAACUAUGCAUCCUUUCCAAUACUUCACCAGCUAUUUGCCAGGAUCGGAACCGACGACAUCAUUGAAAACAAUGUUUCGACAUUCGCGGCUGAGAUGAGAGAGAUUGCUUUCAUCAUGCGCAAUGUCGACCAACGCAGCUUAAUCAUAGUUGAUGAGCUAGGUCGUGGCACAAGCACAAGAGAUGGUCUAGCCAUUGCCUUGGCUAUUGCGGAAGCUCUUCUAUCUAGCAAAGCUCUCGUAUGGUUUGCGACUCAUUUCAAAGAUCUCGCUACUAUCAUGAGUGAACGUGCUGGAGUUUUGAAUCUACACCUAGCGGUUGAUAUUCAAGACGAGCACAGCAUGACUAUGCUCUACAAAGCAACCCAGGGCGUCGCCAAAGAAGUACACUACGGUCUGGCGCUUGCUCGCGUCGUCCCACUACCUCCAGGUAUUGUGGAGCAUGCUACAAACGUCGCGCGCAAAAUUGAGCUUCAUGCUAUUCGAAACAAGAAAGCGUCGGAAACAGUACUUAAAGAAAAGCGUCGAAAGCUUAUUCUCAAUCUCAAAGAGCAUCUGGUUCAGGCGUAUAAUGGCGUACUGGAAGGAGAGGUCCUCUCUGCAUGGCUCAGUGAAUUACAAAAAGAGUUUGUGAACCGUAUGACAGCUCUGGAGGCCAAAGCCGCAAGCGUACACGAUGAGAGCAAUGAGGAUAUGAAUGAGAAUAUGAGUGAUGGAGAGGCAUAUGAUGAGGAGCGACCGAGCACGUAUGCUAGGCAGCCGUCGGUCAUAUCGAUCGAUUCGCAUGUUACGUCGACAGACUCCGAGUCUACAGUUCGAGCAAUGUCUGAGGCAUCGACUGUACGUGCAGUUUCAGAGAAUGAACGCUAG